AUGAGGCAGAUUUCGAACAGUCUUACUUUCGUCCUCAUCAUUGUCAUGGCCCUAAGCUUUGGCAUUGACGACUACAUUGAAGGCGCUGUCAUCACUGCAGUCAUAUGUCUGAACAUCGUUGUCGGUUUCUGGCAAGACUACCAGGCUGAGAAGACUAUCGAGUCCCUCAAGAAGCUCACCGCCCCAGAGGCCACUAUCACUCGUAACGGCGUAUCGGACCUCAAGGUCAAGGCUAUUGACCUUGUGCCUGGUGACAUCGUACAGCUCAGUGUCGGAGGCAUCGUGCCUGCUGACCUGCGAUUGAUCGAUGGUGUCAACGCCUGCACCAACGAAGCAUUCCUCACAGGUGAAUCUAUCCCUGUUGAGAAGACGCCUGAGAAGACGUUUGACGACCCCGAACUCUCUACUGGUGACCGAACGAAUCUCGCCUACUCUGGUAGCGAGAUGACAUCCGGGCGAUGCCGUGGUAUCGUUGUUGCCACAGGCAUGGAGACCGAAGUCGGAAAGAUCGCCGUCAUGCUUCGCCAGAAGAAGGACCACAAAGAGCGCAAUGAGUCUCUUCCCAUGAAAGUGUGGAGGAGGUUUGCCAGUGGUGUCAAGACUAUCCUCGGUCUUGUUGGAACCCCACUGCAAAUCACCCUCAGCAAAUUUGCCCUUCUUCUGUUCGGUCUCGCUAUCCUCCUUGCCAUUAUUGUCUUUUCUGCAAGCAAGUGGCAGAUUGGUGGCGAGGUUCUUAUCUAUGGUAUCUGUGUUGCCGUUGCCGUCAUCCCCGAAUCCCUCAUUGCGGUGUUAACAAUCACCAUCGCAGUGGGAGGAAAGGCCAUGGCAAAGGCCAACGUCAUCACAAGAGUCCAAUCCGCUAUCGAGGCUGUUGGUGGUGUCACCAACAUCUGCUCCGAUAAGACCGGAACUCUCACUCAGGGUCGCAUGGUGUCGAAGAAAGCCAUCAUCCCAGGUGCAGGUAUUAUCACGGUCGAUGCCAUCACUGAUCCCUUUAACCCCACAAGCGGCCAUGUCAGUCUCGACCAAGAGCGUCUCACCCUGGACAACUUCACGCCUAAUCCAGCCAUGGCCCGCUUCCUCCGCACAAUUGCCCUUUGCAAUAACUCCAAGGUCCGACCAGCGUUCGAUAUGGACAACGGCAACGACUCCCCAAGCGAGAAGAAGGGAGCACUCGACCGCACCAUCAGUGAUGAUGGUCGUGACACGGAUGCUUCCACAAUCGAGUCUUUCUCACGACCCCCCACGGCCAUCAUGCAAGGCCUGUCGGCUGGACCAUGGAAGGCGUACGGCGAGCCGACUGAGAUUGCUCUCCACGUUCUUGCGUCUCGCUUCGGCAUGGGCAAGGAAGACAUCCUCAGCACCCACAACAUCCACCUCGCCACCGAAUUCUCUUUCGACUCGACUGUCAAGAAGAUGUCAGUCGUCUACAAGGACAACCAGUCUAGCCUACUCGACGUCUACACCAAGGGUGCUACGGAAUUCAUGCUUCCAGUCUUGAACAUCUCGGAAGAGGAGCGCACUCAAAUCAUGCAGUCCGCCGAAACCAUGGCCAACGAGGGUCUCCGUGUUCUCUGCAUUGCCCACAAGUCGCUCCCAGCUGGCUCCGACUACAGCGUCCGUGAGGAGAUUGAGAGCAACCUGAACUUCAUCGGUCUUGUCGCCAUCUACGAUCCCCCUCGUCUUGAAACCAAGGGCGCUGUUCGUGAAUGCAAGGUCGCCGGUAUCACCGUCCACAUGCUCACGGGUGACCACCCCGGUACUGCCCGCGCCAUCGCCAAGGAUGUCGACAUUAUCGAUGACCACACGCCUGCCUCUGCUGUCAUGAUCGCCAGAGAUUUCGAUCAAUUGACUGAGGACCAGAUCGACGCCAUGGAAACACUCCCCCUUGUCAUUGCCAGAUGUAGCCCCAAGACUAAAGUCAAGAUGGUGCAGGCUCUCCACAGGCGAGGCCGCUUCUGCGUCAUGACCGGCGACGGUGUCAACGACUCUCCCGCGCUCAAGCAGGCCAACGUCGGCAUGGCCAUGGGCACAGGCAGCGACGUCGCCAAAGAUGCUGCCGAAAUGGUCCUAACCGACGACAACUUCGCCUCUAUCGUGAAAGCCGUCGAAGAAGGCCGGCGCCUCUUCGACAACAUCCAAAACGCGCAAGUCAUCCUCCUCCUCAUCGGCCUCUCCUUCAAAGACAACGACAACCACUCCGUCUUCCCCCUCUCUCCCAUAGAAAUCCUCUGGGUUAACCUCAUCACCUCGUCCUUCCUCGCCAUCGGCCUCGGCCUCGAGGAGUCGCAGGAAGACAGCAUGUUGCGCCCGCCGCACGAUGUCAAAGCAGGCGUCUUCACCAAGGAGCUGAUUACAGAUAAAUUCAUCUACGGCUUCUUCAUGGGUGCGCUGUGUCUCUUCAGCUUCGCCAUCGUCGCCUACGUGGGUCCCGGCGGCGGAAACCUCGGCAGCGGGUGUAACGAGGGUUACAACGAGACGUGCGAAGUCGUGUUCCGCGCGCGCGCAACGACAUACGCAACCAUCACACUCCUACUCCUCGUCACGGCGUGGGAAGUCAAGCAUUUCGCCCGCAGCUUGUUCAACAUGUACCCCUCCUCCACUACCACCCCAUCCUCCUCCUCCAAAAUCUUCUCAAUCUUCCCCACCCUCUACCGCAACCGCUUUCUCUUCUUCGCCGUCAUGGCCGGGCUGGCCGGCAUGUUUCCCAUCAUUUACAUCCCCUUCCUCAACGAGAAGGUGUUCAAGCACGGGCGCAUUACGUGGGAGUGGGGCGUGAGCGCCGGCGCGGUGGUUAUCUACAUCGCGGCGAUUGAGAUGUGGAAGAUGAUUAAACGACGCAUGGGGAUUUGGAGUGGAGCGCGCAGGACGAUUAGCAGGGAGGAUGCGGAGGCGAGGGCCGGGGUAGGCGGGGUGGAUAGGGCUGUUGUUGGGAGUGAGAAGAUGUGA